GGCUGUCAACUUCAUGAGCCCCGGCAUGAGUUGGAUAACAUAAGGCCCUCAUUCGUCUUUUUUCGCCGUUCAAUGAACUGUAAUCCAUUGUCAAGUUCUCAGCGGUGCACUUGCUCUGAACACAAAAAAACAAGGGUGAAAAAUGCAGAAAGUGGAAGACGAAGCCAUCUCCUGUGCAUCAAAACUCUUGGAACCGGUGCUGGAACCGGUUGUGGAGGAGAUUCGUCAUGCUGUCCAGUAUAGGAAAAGGGUGAAGGGGCUGGAAGAAGAACUUGCGAAGCUGAAGAAGGAGAAAGAAGACGUGGAGAGUUCUGUUAAAGAAGGGGAAGAAAAAUUUGGGUAUCUAGAGAGAAAAAAAUAUGUGGCGACGUGGAUUUCCGAUGCAAACGCUUUCAUAGAAAAAGAGGAGAAAUCCGUCAAAGAGGAAGCUGAGAAAGGAUGUUUCAUAGGCUUCUUUCGUAAUCUGCUGAGAUGUAACAAGGUGAGUAAGGAAGCUGAGACGGCAAAAUUGGAUGGAGAAGGUCUCGUCCAACAAAAGGUGAAUUUCGAACAUCUUUAUUUGCAGCGUCGUGAUUUGGAUAUGAGCCGAUCGUUACAUGAUACGAACUACAAAGCGUUUGAUUCAAGAAAGUCUGUUGAAGAGAAGAUUAUAAAGGUGUUGAAGGAUGGUAAUGUCUACGUGAUUGGGGUCCAUGGGAUUGCUGGCGUGGGCAAAACAACGCUGGUGGAGAAAGUGGCAUCGGUGGCCAUGGAAGAUAAGCUGUUUGAUGCGGCGGUUAUGGUGGAUGUAACAAAUUCUCUGAAGAACGUCGAAAGAAUUCAAGAAGAAAUUGCCGGACAACUUGGAUGGCAAUUGACAGAGACGGACGUGAAAGAAAGGGCUGCCAGAUUGCUUGAUAGUUUGAAGAGACAGAAGAGAAGAAUUCUGGUUAUAUUGGAUCAUGUUUGGGAAACAACAAACUUGAAUGUCAUCGGCAUUCCUUCUGGCUUUGAAGCUAAAGCAGUAAAUGAAAGUGGGCGAUUGAAAAUACUGCUCAUUUCAAGAAGUAAAGAAGUGGUUGGAAAUUAUGCAGAUCCUGAAAACAAUUUCCCAGUUGAAGCUUUGAGUUUCCCAGAAUCCAAGAGUUUAUUUGAGUCAAUAGUGGGCGACUUGGCAGUGUCAUGUUCGGCAGACGAGAUAGUUAGAAGAUGUGCAGGAUUGCCAUUGGCAAUUAAAGCAAUUGGAAAUGCACUGAAACAGAAUAAGAACAUUUCAUUCUGCCAAAACAUCUUGGAAGAUUUGAAGAAUUUCAAAGGGGUAGAUAACGAAGUGCAGCAUAUUUUGAAGCUGAGUUAUGAAUUUGUGGAAAAUGAGGAUGCCAAAUCCUUGUUUCUGCUUUGUGCUGUGUGUACUAGUGCAGGAGAUAAAAUCUCUACGGAUUACUUGUUCAAAAUUGGCAUGGGAUUGGGCUUGUUUCGAGAUGUUUUCACAUUGAAAAGAGCAAGGAACACUGUGCUUUCAUUGAUUGAUAAUCUCAGAGCUUCUUGUUUGUUCUCAGAUACUGGGGUUGAUGACAGAUUUGUUAAAAUGAGCCAUACAAUGCACAGUGUUGGUGUGUCAAUUGCAGAGGAAAUGGGUAAGAUCAACGUCAGUAUUCCAGAAGGGGCUAAUUCCAGAGAGAUCUUGGAAAGUAAAAUGUCUGAAGAUUUAACUUAUCUGUCUCUGAUUAAUGGAGACAUCAAUGAGCUUCCUGAAAGGUUGGAAUGUCGAAAACUGAAGCUGCUUUUGCUCUUAUCGAAAGAUAAAGAUGAAGAUGAAAAUCAAGAUUGUUUUCUAAAUAUACCCAACAAUUUCUUUCAGGGGGCAAAAGAAUUGCAAGUUUUAUAUCUGGGUGGCAUUAACGUUCCAUCAGAGCCUUCACUUCUUUCUUGCCUGAAGAAACUCCGAACAUUGUGUUUGAAGAGAUGCAGGCUGAAUGAUAUAGGAAUAAUCGGGGAGCUGAAGGAACUGAUAAUUCUGAAAUUUUCAUACUGUGAUUUUGAAAUUUUACCAGGAGAAAUUGGAGAUUUGAGCAAGUUGAAGUCCCUGGAUUUGAGUAACUGUCCAAAACUCAAUCAAAUUAAACCAAAUGUCAUAUCAAGGCUGACCCGAUUGGAAGACCUGUAUGUGGCUAACAGCUUUCAUCAGUGGGAGGUUGAAGGAGAUUGUAAUCAACAAGGAAGUAAUGCUAGUCUUGCUGAGUUGAAGGAAUUGCAUCUCCUGUAUUGUUUAUACAUACAUAUUCCGAAUGCGAAGAUUAUGCCAAGGAAUUUGUUUGACCCUGAAAAGCUGGAAAGGUACAAGAUACUUAUUGGAGAAAAAUGGGAAUGGUAUGGCAAGUACACAACAGCAAGAACAUUGAAACUCAGCAAUGGUCAUAGUUUCUUGGGGACUUCUGGGAUUGACAUUUUGUUUGACAAAGUUGAAGAUCUUAACUUGGAUCAACUGAGCGGGGUUGAAGACAUAGUUGAUGCUCUCCACUCAGAGAAAGGUUUCCCAGAGUUGAAGUAUCUUUCUGUUCGGAAUAGUGGAGAUCUUUUGUAUAUUUUCAACACAGAGAAGGCUCAUUGUCACACUGCCUUUCCUGUGCUAGAGUCAAUUUUUCUCCAUAGAUUGAUGAAGUUGAAGAAGAUAUGUGAAGGCCGACUUUAUGCAGAUUCUUUUUCCAAAUUGAGCACCAUAAUAAUUAAACGAUGUGAUGAGUUAGAGCAUGUUUUCUCCAUCUCCAUGGCAAAAAACCUUUCACAUCUCCUGGAACUUGAAGUCACUGACUGCAAGAACCUUAGAGAGAUUUUCGGUGAUAAAGAAAUUGAAGAAUCUACAGACCAUGAUGAUCAAAAGGUGGUGUUCCCAAAACUUUUAAGGUUGACUGUGAAAGAAUGUCAUACUUUGAAAUUUAUGUUUCCAUCUUAUGUUGUUGAAUUCCCCUCCUUGAAUGCAAUUCACAUUGAGGGUUGUCAAAGUUUGAAGACAUUCUUCUCCCGGAAAGAAGACGAAGAAAUGAACUCAGAGAAUGACACUACAGUUUUGCAUCCUCUCUUUGAUGAAACGGUUCAUUGUCCAAGCUUGGAGAAGAUGAUACUCUUACACUUGGAUAGCAUCCAGUUGAUAUGGCACAAUAAUCUCCAUGUUGAUUCUUUUUGCAGACUAAAGGUAUUGAGAGUUGAAUUCUGUGGAAAAUUAACCAGUUUUGUUCCUCCCGAUACUCUCACAAGAUUAUCUAAGAAUCCACAAAGACUUCAAACCUUUGAAAAUCUCGAAAUCGUAAGGGUUACAGAAUGUUGGAGUAUGAAAAACCUCGUUCCAGUUUCUAUAGCUGCAGGCCUCUGGAAACUUAAGGAGAUUGAGAUAAUCUCAUCUGGGUUGGAGGAAAUUGUCUCCAUGGAGAAAGUAAAAGCUGCCCCAAAGUUUGAAUUUCCACAAUUGAAUUCCUUGGAACUUGUGGAUUUACCAGAACUCAAAAGUUUCUAUCCGGGAACACACACAACAGAGUCGCCAUUGCUAAAAUGCUUGGUCGUUUAUCAUUGUCAUAAGCUUAUCACCCAAUCCGAAAACCUAACUCAACAUCCCUUGUUUUCCCCUGGAAAGGUGAUAUCCAAUCUGAACUUGGAUAAAUUAUCUUUAAACAACGAUGAUAUCGAAUUGAUAAGCUCAGGCUGCCACCAUUUUUCUGCAAAUAUGUUUCACAAACUUGAACAUCUUCAGGUGGCCUGCUUUCAUGAUGAAUCACCGGUCUUUCCGCUACAUUUUCUUGGUAGGUUUCGCAAGCUGAGAACACUAGUUGUAGCCAGAAGUAAUUUCAUUGAGCUGUUUCCUAGUGAAGAACUUGAUGAGAAUAAGCAGUGUGUGAAAGUGAAACCCUUGCCAAUAACAAUCUUGAAGCUGGAUUCUCUUCCUCAUCUGCAACACAUAUGGACGAGUUCCCAGGGGAAGCUGUUGCUUCCAAAGCUUAAGGUUUUGGAAGUAUGGUCAUGUGAUCAUUUGCCAUCCUUGAUGCCAUCCUCAGGAUCUUUCAAAUAUAUAGCAAGUUUGGAUGUAUGGAAAUGUUGCAGAUUGGCAAAGAUUUCAACCUGCUCAACAGCUAGAAGCUUAGUGAACCUCACCACAAUGAGAAUAAGAGAGUGCAGUGCUUUGAUGGAGGUAAUAGUAUCAGACAAUGAAGUAGCAGAAACAGAAGAAGACAUUGUUUUCAGCCGACUGAAAAUUUUGGAGCUGCACAGUUUGCCAAGCUUGUCAUACUUCUGCUCCGCUAAUGUUGCCUUCAGAUUCCCAUGUUUGGAAGAAGUAACUCUUACUGAUUGUCGAAGUUUGCAGAAAUUUUGCAGGGGAGUCGUCAGCAUACCCAAAUUACGUAGGCUGCAUCCAAGAGACAAAAGGAUCCUAAUCGAAACGGUUCGAACCUAAAGUUCCAUCAUCCGAGAUGUCAUUAGGAGCAUGAUGUAGAGUCAAAUAACCUCUUCUAGAAGAUAAGCGUCGAGAUGGAGGUUGCAUUUAUUAGUAUCAGCGUAUAUAUGUGGUGCCCAAAGGACAUUUAUUGGUAUUAAAACAUUACUUUAAUUAUCUAUUUUUUAUUAA